AUAUCGAAAAAGAACGGCAGAGUUAUAGAUCUUCGUCAGUCGCUGCAAGAAUUGUAUUGCGCGUAUAAAAUUAUUCUUUUACAUCGGAAGAAUAUUCAAGAUGCGUAUACUGGAACUUACUUUUAAAGUGCUAACAAUAUGCGGUUGCUGGCAGCCGGAAUCUUGGACAUCGUUAUAUAAACGUAUAAUAUAUCGAGUGUAUACAGUUCUAGUAAUUUUAUUAGUAAAUAGUUUCGUACUGUCGCAAUUCAUGGAUAUAAUUCUAAUCGCGGAUAAUACAGACGAUUUCUGCGAUAACUUUUGCGUACUACUUCCUAUGAUCAUAGCUUGUUACAAAUUAUUCAGCCUAUUAACAAGUCACAAAAACAUUAUUAAAUUAACCGAUACUUUGACGAAGGAACCGUGCAAACCAUUAAAACCGAAUGAAAUAAAGAUUUAUUAUAAAUUUGAUAAAGGCAUGCAGAUUAAUACUUUCCAUUAUGCAGCUAUGUGUAUGGUAACGUGCGCCAUUAUUGCCCUUACAUCUUUAUUAACAAAUUUUGGCGAGAGAAAAUUAACGUACAGAGCGUGGAUGCCGUUCGAAUAUUCAUCUAUGACCUUAUUUUGCCUGUUAUACAUUCAUCAACUGAUAGGUUUGGUCAUGGGUGCUCUAGUAAACGUCGCUUGCGACAGUCUCAUCUGUGGAUUAUUGGCACAUAUUUGCUGUCAAUAUGAAAUCUUGGCAUAUCGUUUGAGGAGAAUUACUCUUCAUUCAGAUACUCUUCGUAAUUGCGUGCAACAACAUUGUAAAAUUUGUAGAUUGGCUUUUCUUGUUAAUGCAAAUUUUAGGAUGGUUAUUACUAUUCAAUUUCUAAUGAGUAUGUUUGUGGUAUGCUUCAAUCUUUACGUAAUAAGUCUCUCAAAAUUGGAUGCAAGAUGUAUACGAUUAGCAUUAUUCAUGGGUUGUAUGCUAACACAAAUUUUUGUCUAUUGUUGGUAUGGCAAUCAAGUCAAACUAAAGAGCAUCCAAUUUAUAGAUAACAUUUUCGAAAUAGAAUGGUUUACUUUGGACAAAAAUUUGAAAAAAUCUUUAAUAAUAAUGAUGGAGCGUACAUUAAUACCUAUUGAAAUUACCAGUGCCUAUACUAUCUCUGUAGAUCUUGAUUCAUUUGUGAAUGUUCUUAAGACAUCAUAUUCAGCUUACAACUUGCUUCAACAAAUGAAGGAAUAAUAGAGUAAAAGUUAGAUUCACAUUAUUGUCUUAUUAGAAUAUUACAAAGCGCGCAUUACACGCGCACUAUUUUUUCCUUACACUAUAUAUUAUUUAAUAAAGUGCAAUUAGAAAAUCUCAAAUAUAUAUUCAAAAAAAGAAAUUCUCUUCUCAAAAUAUAAAAAUUUUGCGUAAAAUGAUAAAUAAAUUAAUAAAUUAAUAAAUUAAACAAAUAGUUUCUCUUGAUCAAAAUAAGAUAAAUUAUUUUUUUUUAAAUAAACGUUAGAGACUUUUUAUAUGUGCAAUGUUGACCUUCAAUCGAUUAUCAUUUUAAUUUAAAAUGCAAAAAGACAGAAAAUAUUUAGCUUAAAUAUAU